AUGCGGCUCUUCCUUGUCAUUCUGUUGCUGGUAGUUUUUAGAUUUGGCUUUAGUCUCUCAGCACUCCAGCGCUGGAACUGUCCUGAAGCCUCCCCCUCGGGAAAUGCGAAUUCUACUUGCGUGGGUCCUGCACCCUUCUUAAUUUUCUCGCAUGGAAAUAGUAUCUUUAGGAUUGACCUGGAAGGAACCAAUCAUGAGAAAUUGGUGGCAGAUGCUGGCACAUCGGUGAUCAUGGAUUUUCAUUACAAUAAUGAAAGACUCUAUUGGGUAGAUCUAGAAAGACAACUUUUGCAAAGAGUUUUUCUGAAUGGGACAAGACAAGAGAAAGUAUGCAAUAUAGAGAAAAAUGUUUCAGGAAUGGCAAUCAAUUGGAUAAAUGAAGAACUUAUUUGGUCAAAUGAACAGGAAGGAAUCAUUACCAUAACAGAUAUGAAAGGAAACAAUUCCCGUGUUCUCUUAAGCACCUUAAAAUAUCCUGCAAAUGUAGCAGUUGAUCCAGUAGAAAGGUUUAUGUUUUGGUCUUCAGAGGGGCCCAGCAGCCUCCACAGAGCAGAUCUCGAGAGUAUGGAAGUGAAGGUUCUGUUAGAGACAUCAGAGAAAAUAACAGCUGUGUCCCUGGAUGUGCUUGAGAAGCGGCUCUUUUGGAUUCAGUACAACAGAGAAGGAAGCAAUUCUUAUAUUUGUUCCUGUGAUUAUAACGGAGGUUCUGUCCACAUCACCAAACAUCUUGCACAGCACAAUUUGUUUGCAAUGUCCUCUUUUGGUGACCGUAUCUUCUACUCAACAUGGAGAAAGAAGACAAUUUGGAUAGCUAACAAACACACCGGGAGGGAUAUGGUUAGAAUUAACCUCAACUCAUCAUCUGCGCCGCCUGGUGGAAUUAAAGUGGUGCACCCGCUGGUGCAGCCCAACGCCGAACACGGCACGUGGGAGUCCGGUCCGCGGCUCUGCCAACCGGGCGAAGGUCACUGCAGAGGAGGCCUGUGCGGGCAGGAGCCCGGGUCCCGCGUGUGCUCGUGCGCGGAGGGCUUCGCUCUGAGCCCCGACGGGAAGCGCUGCGAAGAUGUCAACGAAUGUGCCUUUUGGAAUCACGGCUGUACUCUUGGGUGUGAAAACAUCCCCGGAUCCUAUUAUUGCACGUGCCCGGUAGGAUUUGUUCUGCUUCCUGAUGGGAAACGGUGUCACCAAUUAAUUCCCUGCCCAAGCAAUGGGUCUGAAUGCAGCCAUGACUGUGUUCUGACCUCAGAUGGUCCCAUGUGUUUCUGUCCUGAAGGCUCAGUGCUUGAGACAGAUGGAAAAACGUGUAGUGGCUGCUCAUCGCCUGAUAACGGUGGAUGUAGCCAGCUCUGCCUUGCUCUCAGCCCAGUAUCCUGGGAGUGUGGCUGCCUUCCUGGGUACGACCUUCAACUGGACAAAAAAACCUGUGUAGCUUCAGGACCACAGCCGUUUCUGCUGUUUGCCAAUUCUCAAGAUAUCCGCCACAUGCAUUUUGAUGGGACAGAGUACAGAAGCCUGCUCAGCCAGCAGAUGGGAGCGGUUUUCGCCCUAGAUCAUGACCCUGUGGAAAAUAAGAUAUACUUUGCCCAUACAGCCCUGAAGUGGAUAGAGAGAGCCAAUAUGGAUGGUUCCCAGCGAGAAACGCUUAUCGAGGAAGCAGUAGAUGUUCCAGAAGGCCUUGCCAUAGACUGGAUUGACCGUAAACUCUACUGGACAGACAGAGGGAAAUCUGUUAUUGAAGUCAGUGACUUAAGUGGAAAACAUCGUGAAAUAAUCAUUAAGGAGGACAUCUCUCAGCCACGAGGAAUUGCUGUUCAUCCAAUAGCCAAGAGAUUAUUCUGGACCGAUAUGGGGAUUAACCCACGAAUUGAAAGUUCUUCCCUUCAAGGAGCUGGCCGGCUGCUUAUCGCCAGCUCCGAGCUGGUCUGGCCCAGUGGAAUAACGAUUGAUUUCCUAACUGACAAGUUGUACUGGUGCGAUGCCAAGCAGUCUGUGAUUGAAAUGGCCAAUCUGGAUGGUUCAGAACGCCAAAGACUUGCCCAGAACGAUGUAGGUCACCCAUUUGCUGUGGCUGUGUUUGAGGAUCAUGUGUGGUUUUCUGAUUGGACUGUGCCCUCGGUAAUAAGGGUGAACAAGAGGACUGGCAAAAAUAGGGUACGUCUCCGAGGCAGCAUGCUGAAGCCCUCAUCACUGGUUGUAGUUCAUCCAUUGGCAAAACCAGGAGCAGAUCCCUGCUUAUAUCAAAAUGGAGGCUGUGAACAUAUUUGCAAAGCGAAGUUUGGAACUGCUCAGUGUUCAUGUCGUGAAGGUUUUGUGAAAGCCCCAGAUGGGAAAAUGUGUCUGGCUCUAAAUGGUCAUCAGACUUCAGCAGGUAGCGAAGCAGAUCUAAGUAAUGAAGUGAUGCCUUCGGACGCCGCCCCCAGCAGCCAGGGGUUUGGAGGUGACAUCACAGAAUCUCAGCCUGUGCUCGUGGCCGAGAUCAUGGCCUCAGAUGAAGACGACUGUGGUCCCGUGGGAUGUGGACCACACUCCCAAUGCAUUUCAGAGGGAGAGGUUGCCACGUGCCAGUGUUUGAGAGGAUUUGCUGGGGAUGGAAAAGUAUGUUCUGACAUAGAUGAAUGUGAGAUGGGAAGCGCCGCGUGCCAGCACCCCUCCUCCACGUGCGUCAACACCGAAGGCGGCUAUGUUUGCCGGUGCUCCGAAGGCCACCGAGGAAACGGGACACACUGCCUUGAUAUUGAUGAGUGCCAGCUGGGCGUGCACGCCUGUGGGGAAAAUGCUACCUGCAUAAAUACGGAGGGAAACUACACCUGCCUGUGUGCCGGCAGCCUGUCUGAGCCCGGACUGAUCUGCCCUGACUCGACUCCGCCGCCUGCCCUCAGGGAGGAUGGGCGCUCCUCCGUGAGGAACGGCUACUCGGAGUGCCCCCUGUCCCACGCGGGGUACUGCCUCCACGGCGGGAUGUGCAUGUUCAUCGAGGCCGUGGACCACUACGCCUGCAACUGUGUUGUUGGCUACGUUGGGGAGCGAUGUCAGCACCGAGACUUGAAAUGGUGGGAGCUGCGCCACGCGGGCCACGGGCGGCAGCGGAACGUCACCGUGGUGGCCGUCUGCGUGGUGGUGCUCGUCCUGCUGCUGCUCCUGGGGCUGUGGGGCGCUCACUACUACAGGACUCAGAAGCUGCUAGCGAAAAAUCCAAGAAACCCUUAUGAAGAGUCGAAUAGAGAUGUGAGCACUAGCAGACCUUCAGAUGGAGAGGCUGGGAUGUCCUCUGGUCCUCAACCUUGGUUUGUGGUUUUAAAGCAACACCAGAAUCUCAGGAAUGGGAAUCAACCUGAGGCCCCUCAAGACAGCCAGGCAGCAGAUGUUGGCCAGUUUCCCUCCCCGCAGCCUGCGUCAAUGCAACCGACACCUUGGAGGAAAGAGCCCCAGAUGUGCCCGGGAACAGACCAGGGCAGCUGCAUCCCGCCACCCCGUGAUAACGGCUCUGGUCCCCAGAGAACGAAGGGUAGCUUUCCUCUCCCCUCGUGUGGGGCACAGCCCAUUGCUGUGGGGGAUGAGAGGCCCCAUUCUCUCCGGUUGGCUAACCCAUCAUGGCCACAGAGGGCCCCGGAUCCACCACACCAGAUGGAGCUGACUCAGUGA